AGUAAAUACACACGUUGAAGUAAAGAAGUAAAUAAAAGAGAGAGAGAGAGAGAGAAACGUCACGCGUGCGAUAGCCCUGCACAGCGUCUGCUCUUCAUCAUGGCGAAUCAAGACAGCGAGCCAAUGACUCCAUUACUCAAGCUCGCCCGUAAAUUCAACUGUUUUUACCUAUCAGGAUUCCGCACAGGAGAUUGCAGAGCAUUUGUAGUAGAUGGACAACAAAUUGGGUUGGUUCGUCCUGAUGUUAUGAAAGAACUCUUAAAUUACCCACAGGUAUUUCAAGUAUAUCCAGAGUAUGUACAGCUUAAUCCAGCUUUCAGAGAUUAUGCUGAAAGAAGCGCUAAAGUUGGAGAAGUUCUCAAAGAGUGGCGAGGUGGAGGAAAGUUUGUGGCUUUACAUGGCUGGAGGGAAGAGUACUAUGAUGUCAGAGCACAGUUCAAUACUCCUCCACUUUUCAAAAUGGAUAGAUCUGCCACAUCGCUGUUCGGUAUAAGAAAAUACGGAGUAGAUAUAAACGGAUAUGUUAUGGAUCCAGAGAAGGGUCUUUCCAUAUGGCUUCAAAAACGAAGUGUCAACAAGCAAACGUGGCCAGGUUACUGGGACAAUUGUGUUAGUGGUGGGUUAAGUGUAGGCCACGGUAUCAAUCAGACAGCGAAUAAAGAAGCUGGCGAAGAGGCCGGCAUUCCCGAUCACUUGCUGAAGCAGUUGAAGAGCGUUGGUUGUGUUUCGCUAUUUUUCGAAAGUGAGAGAGGACUAUUUCCCAAUACCGAAUUUGUGUUCGAUUUAGAACUACCAGUAGAUUUUGUACCCACCAAUUGCGAUGGUGAAGUUGAAACUUUUGAGUUACUGCCCGUUAAACAGUGCCUCGAAAGGGUUCUCUCGCCAUACUUUAAGACAACGUCAGUUCCAGUAUCGCUAGAUUUUUUCAUUAGACAUGGUUUCAUAACUCCAGAGACUGAGCCGCAUUUUACACAAAUAAUGGAAUUGCUGCAUGUGCCGCUGCAAACGAUGUACAAUCAGCCGCACAAAAAGCACAAAAUUGCAGCCAAUGGUGAAACAAACGAAAUCCUAGAUGGAAUUCAGCCGUGUAAAAAUUAGGCUUUUAUAGCAAUAAUCAUAAGAUACAUUUUUUACAAAAAAA